AUGCACUUUGAUGGGCUGAAACGGUCAGUAGUGGCAGUAUGCGGGCGUGGCAGUGGAAAGUGUGAAAGUGUGGAGAUGCCAUCGAUUUGCCCCGGAAAUCUGCCACCCGCUGCGAUCCCACCCCCUCGGUCUCCCCGUGGUUCCCCUUUCCUCUCGGCGUGCCCUGGGGUUGUUGUUAAGCGAGACAUGAACAUGGCGUAUGUGACUGUGUGUGACAAUAAUCACGACGAUGAUGCAGAAUUCCAACCGGGAAGCGCUCUCCGACUCGGGGUCCGUGAGACAAGAAUGAGCCUUCCAAGGUUGCCCCGCGGUAACUCAACCCCUUGGGGAUGUCGGAGCAAAUUGGAGCAUCUCAUAGGCGCCUGCUCACUAUCUUCCCGCGAACUGUUCGACCUCCGACCCGCGAUCAGUGGCCCAACGGCGCUGUGCUGUAACCGUCGCUUGUUGCUCUUCCCAGACCACAGCUCAGUUGAAGGCAUGACAACCCCGGCAAUAUCUCUGCCGGAUAUCACAUCCUGGAGGAAUGAGGAGUAA